CGCGUCGCCCCUCAGAUACGUAGUGUUUUCCCGUGUACAGCACAAGAAAAAUCACCAACGAUGAAGAUCGUCAUUGUUCUCUUUGCCUUCAUGGCGGUCGCCAGUGCUUACCCCGGAAUCCCAUGGGCUGCUCCGGUCGUUCAACCGUGGCCAUCCGAUCCUUGGGCAGGAGCUGCACAACCUUGGGUUGCACCGAAGGUUGCCCAACCUGCGCUCGUGAAGGUUGCAUUGCCUCAGGCACAUCAGGAAGUGCACCAGGUGCUCCAGGUCCCUCAGCAGGCGUCCAUCCCGGCGCCACACCCUCAGCCGCUGAACAUCAAGGUCCACGCCCAGACGGUUAGGAUCCCGUAUCACCCGCCGCACAUCGUGAAGCCGCAUCUGGUCGGCUUCGAGACGUACGUGGAGCCCGUGAAGGUCGUCAAGGCCCCCGUCCACCAUCCCUGGGAUUAAGGUACCGUACGGCACCAACCGACCCCGCUGGUCCAGGGUGACAUCCGUCCUGGGCGAGCCGUCCCGAGGUGCUUAAUGUAGCGACGCCUUGCGAUAUAUAACGAUAACCACGGCCAAUCAUCGAAAUUCUCUCGGCGGAAACGAGGCCCAGGAUCAUAUACAAGCGGAAGGAUCGGCGUCGACCGGGAGUCGGGGCCAAGCUUGGACUUGGAAAGUCGUCCGACCGAAAGUCCCGGGGUUAUAACCCGGGCGAAGGUCGGACGCGUUUGAUCAGUAUUAUCCAGCGGAAGGACACAGGAACGCGACGUACAACGGACGUCCCAUCGAUUCGCGAAGACCUCCCGGACCAGGCGACCGAAUUCGAAUGCCGAAAAUUUCGCAUCCCCCCCAACCUUUUUGGUUCUCGUCGUCUUCCCUUCGUAGAACAGUCGGACCGAACCAGUUGGUCCCGGACGCGGCGACUUCUCUGCAAUCUCAUCUACACUCUCCCCCCUCCAAAUGUUCCAGUCUCAUCACCCACGUUGAUCGUACUUUGACCCCGUGGCACUAGCCACGUCGAAAAUUUGUCGCGCGGCUUGUGAUACUGAAGAAGACAUCGCGACGUCCGAGCUUUCACUGUAUAUUCUCCUACAAUCUUUCCGUCCGCCUAUCUCCAGCCCACCCCUCCCUCGAUCAUACUUCUGCAACACUUUUAUUUAUUUUCUAAUAAAAGUUUAUUUUUAUGUCUUGUGAUAAACAAUCGA